CCCUAGAGUGCGGCACUGCCGGGAUCAGAGACGCGUGCCGACCCGCAGCUCCUACCGAGACGUCACCCGUCUGCCGUUCUGGGGAGAAAAGCGCCUGCCAGCAGAAGGAAGAUGUACCGCGGCACCUGGAUCGAGUUACACUGAGUAUUUGUGCUUGAUUCGGGAGUAAAAUCACAUGGUCAGCUUAGUGUAUGUCUUCAUUUCAUUCAUCUGAUGUUCAUGUGACAUUCAGUCUGGUGGCUAACGCAUUGUCUGCUUAAAAUGAUUGCCUACUUCAGCCUUUUGGUACUUCAUAAACACGGCUUACUGAAGGGCCAGGUAAUCAUGUAGAUGCUCACCUUUUGGCAUCUGGGAUCGUUUCUCUUCUGUUCUUAUUCACUCUUGGUCACACUGCUGCUUGCGACUUAGCCUGCUGUUCGGAGGUUAAUGUGAAUCGAAUGAGGAUGACGUGGCUCUCAUUCAGAGGCUCAGUUUCGUCAUUCUCUUGCUCCUCUGUGUGUGUGAUUGGUUCACACGGCCUUUUCCCUCUUGCGCUUGAGAACACCUUGAGCGAUCCAUGUGAGUCAGAGAGACGCUCUCAGGGUGUCCAGUGCUGCACAAGCAUCUCCUCCUCUCAGGAUAGGGGUGGUUCGGAAUGGGAAUGUAGGAUGGGCGGAUUGUAGUGGUUGAAGCUAGAUUAGGAUGAUUGUAACCUGGAGCAGAGUGGAGUGUACUGGGGCAGCCAAGGUGUAAGUCUCAGUGUGGUUGACGGGGGGGGGGGGGGUUGCGGACAGUUUGCCGUUAGCACUGUGCUGAGACCAGCUGUUCCCGACAGGUGUGUGGUCUGGCUGACCUCUGCUCAAUGUCUGUUCCCCAGCUUAAACCACAAUAGAAUCAGUCUGUUCUCUCCACGUGUCUGUCGUGUUGGAGCCCCGCCCACUGAGUUUCACCCAAUCCUGUGGACAGGAGGAAUCAGUAACCCAGGCUGAAGGAAGUGGCGAAUGCCACACAGGAUUAUGGUUAUGGUGGAGGUUUAUUGUAUAAUGACUCACACUGGUUUAUCUCCCAGGUUUGCAUGUAGCAGGAUGUUUUCCCCCAGUUUGGCCAGUACCAUAAAACCAUUUAAAACCAUUUUGAAUUGGAACUGUAGUGGAAGAAUUUCUACUCAGGGAGUGACGGAAACAUACGUAUGCACACACACACACACACACACACACACACACACACACACACACACACACACACACACACACACACACUGUGGGUCUUUUCUCUUUGCUGUGUAUCCCGAUGUGAUGUUGGGGUGGCAGUGAAGAGGAGAAGCAGAGGAGGGGGGUUUUAUGAGUGGAGCUUACAGGGUCCAGUUCGCUUUGUGUCUCUCUCACGCCUCUCCUGCGCUCUCUCUCUCUCCCUCCCUCCCUCCCUCCCUCGCUCUCUCUCCCUCCCUCUCUCUCUCCCACCGUCUUUCCCUCUCGGCUCUGAGCCGCUGAUCCAGAGGAGCAUAACCACCCCACCAGCGCCCAGCUGAUAAUGUCUUGGGAGAGGGUGGGUGAUGACGCUCUGUGUGUUAGUGUGUGUGUGUGUGUGUGUGUGUGUGUGUGUGUACGUAUGUUCUGCUUUCCCCUACACAGACUCCUGACCCGGCCGCGCUCGGUUAUCAGGGAGUGAUCUGGUUUCUCCAGAGGACGCAUACUUCCUGGAACGCCAAGCUUCAGACUCCUGCUUUAUUCUUCUUGCUUUUUCCAUUUCUUCCCUCGCUUUGUUGGGUCACAGCGGUCCCUGGAUCUGCCGGCUGCUAUUGUAGACCGUUGGCGACUUCUCGCUAAUUGUGGUCAAUGGCCUCUUAGAUCUGCAGCCUGGUACUUGACUGACUGAUUUUUAAGGGUCUCAACUGAUCUUACUGAGAGGGCGCUACUGGAGCAGAAGCAGCGGCGGAAACGUCAAGAGCCUCUGAUGGUGCAGCCCAACCCAGAGGCCCGACCGCGGUCCUCGCGACCUCGUCGCAGCGAGGAGCAGGCCCCCCUGGUCGAGCCGCAUCUCAGCGUCACCAGCGACGUCAUCCUGGAUGGUAUUGAUGGGCCAGCCACAUUCCUAAGCCCAGAGGCCUCCGACUUGGGUCCCAAGGUCCAGAUCCUGUCCGUCGGCCAGCCGCAGACAGUCCAGGCGGAGGAGCCAGAGCAUGAUGCCGAUCCGGAGCGUGACGGAGACACCGAGCAGCUUCUGGAGCCCAAGACGGACCUCCAUGAGCUGCUGCAGAGGCAAGGAAUCUCCGUCAGCAUGAACUACGAUGAGGCCAGUGAUGAAGAAGAGGAAGAUGACGACAACACCCGGUCGCAGUCCCCCAGCACGGAGACCCCCCGGCCUGCCUCAGCCUCCAGUGCCAAGUCCAACACCGAGUGUGUGGGCCCCGGGUCCCCCACCGCGGAGGCUCUGACCAUCGAGGUUGACAACCUGGAGGACUUUGUCAUGCGGCCGGCGCCCCGUGGAGUUACGGUGAAGUGCCGCAUCACACGCGACAAGAAGGGCAUGGACCGCGGCCUGUAUCCCACGUACUUUAUGCACAUGGAGAAGGAGGACGGAAGGAAGAUUUUCCUUCUGGCAGGCAGGAAGAGGAAGAAGAGCAAGACGUCCAACUACCUGAUCUCAGUGGACGCUACGGACCUGUCCCGAGAAGGCGAGAGCUUUGUUGGGAAGCUGAGGUCCAACCUGAUGGGGACCAAGUUCACGGUGUACGACAACGGCACCAACCCAGCCAAGAUGCCUGGAGCUUUACUGGAAGAGAGCAACACGCGCCAGGAGCUGGCUGCCAUCUGCUACGAGACCAAUGUGCUGGGCUUCAAGGGCCCCCGAAAGAUGACCGUCAUCAUCCCUGGCAUGAACAUGAGCUUCGAGAGGGUGCCAGUGCGGCCGGCCAGCGAACAGGAAAGCUUGCUGGCCAAGUGGCAGAACCACUCGCUGGACAGCCUGAUCGAGCUGCACAACAAGGCGCCCGUGUGGAACGACGACACGCAGUCCUACGUGCUCAACUUCCACGGCCGUGUCACUCAGGCCUCCGUCAAGAACUUCCAGAUCGUCCAUGACAACGAUCCGGAUUAUAUUGUCAUGCAGUUCGGCCGAGUGGCGGAGGACAUUUUCACGCUGGACUACAACUACCCCAUGUGUGCACUGCAGGCCUUCGCCAUCAGCCUAUCCAGCUUCGACAGCAAACUGGCCUGUGAAUGAAAGGUCCCCACCCCCCACCCCCCGCCCCGCUCUGGGCCCUUGGGUCCCCCACUCUCUCUCACAUCCCCCCCCCCUCCCCGAUACGUUUCCCCAGAGAAACCAGCCCUCUCCAAAAGGCGACAUGGUCUGCCGUCCACUGAUCAUCACCUCUGCUGCAACUGUUAAGGUGGCUUCCUGGCGAUCAUGACCCCUGCUGGCCAUGCAGCUCAACAGCAGCAAUGCGAUGUAAAGGCUGGAGUACAGGCACAGAGGGCACCAUUGUCGUGACAAGAUUUGGAAUCGUGCUCAAAAAAAAAAAAAACAUACAUAUAUGAGUAAAAAACGACUUUUCUGUGUAUUUUUUAAAUUUGUAAUUAUUAUAUUUCUGUAUUUUGUGAUUUUGGAUUAUGUUGUUAUUCUGUGUUUUGUUUCUUGACUGCCACCUUGUGGGUGGAAAGGGAACUGUUAUUUACAGGCUAUAUAAUCUAACCAUGACUCGGGGAACAACUUAGCCUGUCCACCGCAUGAGAUUUAAAAAAAUAUCUUAAUUUCCUUUUGUCUUUUUACAUUAAUGCUGUCAAAUUUUAGUUCAUUUUACCUUUACUUUUUAAAUGGUUUUUUUAAUUCACGUGAGUGUGUACAUUAUUUUGGAUAAGUUCUAAAGAAUGUGUGGCAGUGUUUGCUUUCCGGAACAGUCUUCUGAUCCAUGAAGCUUUAUUUAAGAACAAUACCAAAUACUGAAUUUGGUUUAAGGUGCAUCACAGGACCGUUAGUGAUACAGGGUGCCCUUUAAACUCCAGAGUGCUUUAGCAUUAUCGUCUUUACUUAGCACUCACUUUCAAUGAUUUGACGGCAUUCAGGAUAAAAGCGUUCGCCAUAAAAGCACUUUUUUUCUGUUACAUAGCUAUCCAGUGAGCUUUUUGCAUUGUUGUCCUGUGGUGAAGCAAAGAAUAUUUGGUGUUUCGAUUUCAAUUCUGAUUCCUGACGUGACCUUUUUGUCUGAUUUAAGUGCAAUAUGCGGAACUGGAUGUCCAGCGUCUGGCCUGAUACAGAGAUCCAGUGGGAUGCAUGCAGUUUCUAACUGGUUUGUAAAAGGCUACAUUUGUACAGUGCAAGGUUUUGAACAACACUUUUUGUAACGCAACAUUUCAUCGGUAAAGGCGCUUUGUUUUUUUCCGUGAA